AUGCCUUUCCCAUUCCAAACACUUCCACGGGAAAUCCGUGAUGAGAUCUAUAAGAUUGUACUUUGCGCCAUCGAGCCAGCCCCAGGGCGAGUCCAAGAACAAUUUUCCGGAAUCUUGACCACCAACACCAUCAUUAAGCACAGCAUCGAGCCUCAGAUCCUUCGAGUUAGUCAUCAGAUUCACGAUGAAGCAAUAUGCGAUAUGACGAAAACGAACCUGUUCGUGAAGGUCACCAGCAACAUCCCUUCAAUGAAAGAACGCUUUGCUCAGAAACGCAUUCCUAUUCUCAACAUCACCAAGCCAGAUCUCAAACUCUUUAACGCAUAUGUGAUGCACCAUACCCUCCGUCAUAUUCCCGAGAACGGAAGAAGGAGUCAAGAGCAAGAUUGGGUGUUCAUCAUGCUUCAUCGCGACUUGGAUGAGCUGAGAUUUGAUUGUUUUGAAAGAUUAUAUUCAUCAGCAAUCUGUGGAACUCAAGGAUCCAUUCCCUCGCAUUUACCGUCAUAA